AUAAAACAUAAAUACAAACAAUCGAUUAUUAUCUGUGAUGAUCUCUAUAAGUCAAUUGUCAAUACAUUCAAAAUGGAAAACAAAGAAUCAUUACGCACAACAAAAGAGCAAAUUGAAUGCUACUUAGCAUUUCUAAAGCUUCACCCUGAAAUGAAGCUCCACAAAAACGAUCCCACGCGACCCAAAAGGUUAGAAGAACUGUGGAUCGAGCUUGCUCAGCAGUUAAACGCCUUUUAAAUGGAAGGAGAAAUGCAAACAGGAGGAAUUUGGCGCACUUAAGGAAUAGUGAGGAUCCAUUUUUAUUUGAGGAAGGAAUAUUUAGAAAAUAUUUUCGUUUUCCGAAAUCGUUGUGUUGGGACCUUAUGCAGGAUUUGAAACCUCACGAUAAUCGUUUCCGAAAGUCUGCUAUUCCGUUUGAGAUUCGGUUCGUUUCAGUGUUAUAUUUUUUUUCUAAUGGCUCAUACCAAUACUGCAUUGGAAAUAGCCAUUUAUCUGCCAUGAGUCAACCUAGCAUACCCCGAAGUAUAAGGCAUAUAUGCAAACUUGUGUUGGAACACAAAAAUGUGGAAAUAAGCUUCCCAAAUGCAACAGAGCACUACAACACAAUUAAAAUGGGUUUCCACAAUAAGUUUGGAAUAAAAGGAGUGAUUGGUGCUAUUGACUGCACCCAUGUUGCAAUAAUUGGACCAUCUUCAUCGUCUAACGUUAUUCCACAUGAAUUCAUGAACCGAAAGGGUUACUACAGUAUUAACGUAGAAGCGAUUUGUGACGACAAACUAAUUUUUCGCCAUUUAGAUGCUCGUUUUCCUGGCUCAUGCCAUGACUCUGGAAUUUGGAGAACAUCGCCGGCCAGAAUAAAAUUAUUAAGGGAACAUGUUUCUGGUUCAUUUAAGUGGCUUCUAGGUGACUCAGGAUAUCCACUAGAACCAUGSCUUUUGACUCCUAUAUCAAACCCAUCUGCUCCAAAUGAAGUUCUUUAUAACAGAAUCCAUAUAAAGGCCAGGAACAUAAUUGAAAGAGCCUUUGGUGUUUUGAAGU